CGGGAAAUCCCCAGGAAAAGUGAGAAAAAUAACAAAAAAGUGAUUUCGUGUACAAACAGUGGCAACUUAGAAUAAGUAAAGUGACAAAUAAGUGAUGACGGCACUUGCAAUGACAUCGGAUAUUCUAAUUCCAAAUAUUACCAAAGUUAACAUCAGGGAUAGUCAAGAUGCGUUAAUAGAAUCAGUUUAUAGAAUAUCAUCCGAGAUUCUACAUCAUAGAUGGCUUCAUAAACAAACUUGGUAUUUUGGAGCUAUGACCCGGCAGGAUGCAACGGAUCUGCUCAUGGCGGAGAGAGAAGGCGGAGUAUUUCUAGUAAGGGAUUCAUCCAGUAUUGUUGGAGACUAUGUGCUGUGUGUGAAAGAGGACUCCAAGGUGUCUCAUUAUAUCAUCAAUAAAAUACAACAAGGUGAUCAGAUCAGAUAUAGAAUAGGAUUGUAUUUAGGCGAUCAGAUCAGAUAUAGAAUAGGAGAUCAAAUGUUCACAGAUUUACCCGCCUUAUUAAAUUUUUAUAAGCUUCACUACUUGGACACGACGCCAUUAAUAAGACCAGCUCCUAAACGAGUAGAGAAGGUUUUGGGAAAGUAUGAUUUCGAAGGCAGUGACCCAGACGAUCUACCGUUCAAGAAAGGUGAAAUAUUGACCGUGGUUUCUAAAGAUGAAGAGCAGUGGUGGACUGCUAGAAAUUCCCUUGGUCAGACCGGAUCAAUACCUGUACCUUAUGUGACAAAAGUUAAUGAGAAUUCAGUAUCUAGUAACGGGCCUGUACAUACUAAUCCAGAAAAUACAAACAAACCUAGGCAUACAAACAUUCAGCGAAGUUUGCCAGCGUAUGCUCGAGUCAAGCAGAGUAGAGUUCCGAAUGCCUAUGAUAAAACUGCGUUAAGAUUGGAGGUUGGUGACAUUGUCAAAGUUACAAAGAUGUCGAUUAACGGACAGUGGGAAGGAGAACUCAACGGGAAAAUUGGGCACUUUCCCUUUACACAUGUAGAGUUUAUUGAUAGCAGCGAGUCAGGGAUGGAUGACGGGUCUAACUGACAUUACAACUAGGGUUGGAGACCUAGCCAACCCUGCAUUCUCACUUCUCAACAAUCCGCCAUCUUGAAUCCAAUUCUUAAUCUUAGAUCUAAAUUGUAAUCUUGGAUCCAAUUCUUAAUCUUCGAUCUAAAUUGUUAUCUCUGAUCCAAGCCUUAAUUUUAGAUCUAAAUUUUCAUCUUGGAUCCAAUUCUUAAUCUUGGAUCUAAAUUUUCAUCUUAAUGUUGGACUCCAACCACACAAGAAUAAAGUGCUAAACACUGAACAAAGUGAAUAAAAAACUAGAGUUGGUUCUUGAACAAAUAAUUCAUUUUUUCAAACUCAAUCUAAGUCAUAAAUAUCGUGAUGUCCCUCCUCCUUCUACAAAAUCUAUGUAUAAAAUGUAAAAAUUAUUUUGAGAAAAAUCUGAUUUUUUAUUGUUCUCUGUUACUUGUAGCUUUUAAAAUAAUCAAAAGUUAAUCAUGCUUCAACUUAUUAUUUUUAUAAAUGUCAUGAAUUAUUUACUAAGCUUCCACUAGGCUUAAUAUCAUCUUACUUAUGAGAAACUAUUUUCAAAUUUUCACUCCAAUUUUAUCAAAAAUAUCUUGUAUAAAAUUCAAUGAAUUUAAUAGAAUUAAAAUUUUUAUUUGUGAAGUUUAGUACAAACAUGUUACUCAAAGAAUUAGUUUAAAUUGUAAUAAUAAUGAAAUAAUUCUGUUCUGAAACAUAAAAAUUAUAAAAUUUUCUUUAUGUUUUACUUUAAAUUUGUGUAAAUGGGCAUGUUGCUAAAUUGAUAGACUAAAAAAUAAACUUACAAUUCAGAAUUAAUACAUAAAAUUUAAAUUAUGCCUUUUUCUUUUUGUUUAAAAGCUGAAAAAAAUGUUAUUAAAUAAUAUUUCGAAAAGAAACAAAGGGGGAUGAAAAACACCCCCAUAUCGUGUUAAGGUUAAAUGUCGUAUUCAUGUUCCACAGAAUUCUGGAUCACACUGUAUGAAACUGACCUAACAGGAUGCCAACACCUCCCUCCCCCGUGUUUAUUAGAAGUUUAAAUUUAUAGACAUUACAGAUAGAACACUAAAUGUCGUCUCAAGAUUUAGAGGUUUUCGUUCACAAUAACCCUGAGGCACGAGCCAUAAGGAGUUAUGCGCAUGCUCUCGGUCUCGUCAUUUAAGACGUUAUUGUGAAAGAAAAACCACUAAAUCUUGAAAAGACGACAUCUAGUGUUCAAUCUAUAUUAUUAUUAAUCUAUGUUUAAAUCUAAAACUGGUUCUUUUUCUAGCUCAAUGUUGUUAAACCCCUUUUGUUAUUUUUUAGCUAAUGAAUAAAUGUGAUUUAAUAAUACUGCUGGGAAUAAAUUGAUGUAUUUAA